AUGACUGGAACUGUGAAGCUUGCAUGGAUGUGAAGAGCUGUGGUUUUAGUGAUAAACCUCUGCUAUGUGAUUGGUGGCUCCGUGGUCAUUGGAAGCGGAACAACAAUGAUGGCUCCUCUGACGCUCUUUAUUGUUCUGCUGUGGGUCGGUACCACAGUGAGCACAGUGGUGGAUGUGCACAAAAGAAUCGUUGGAGGUCUGUAGUUUUAGGAGUGCAUCCAGGUCCAGGAGAGUCAUUGAAGAUAACCACAAUAAAGAGCUAUAUAAAGAGGAAACACAUCUUCAGAAAGAAGAUCCAUGACAUCGUGUUACUGAAGCUACCGGAGGGAACACAAGCUCCAGCUACUAUAGACCCUGCUGACUGCAAUGCAAAACCAAAAUUGGGAGAUGUGGUGCAGAUUGCAGGACAUGCCUCCACCCACAUGGACGUGGAUAUUCAAUCACCAACUCUUCAGUGUGUAAAUGUUUACGUCGUUGACUGCACCGAGCUCAGAAAAAUUGAGAGUCGCAGUAACACAGGCUAUGAACACCAGCACUGGUUCUGUGGUCAAGCUACUGGAAGGGAUAUACGUGGUGGUGACUCUGGUGGAGGAGUCGUGUUCAAUGGCCGGCUCUACGGUUUAAUCGCUUUCAGCGUGAACGCUACACGUGCAGGUGAAGACGCAAUUGGAUUCUUAGACCUUUGUCAUCCAGACUAUUUACAGUGGAUCGAGACAACUAUUGCUACUCCAAAGAGAAAAAAAUGUAGUGGUUUCUUCUGUGGUUAACGACAAACAUGUCACAAAACUCUUCCACAAUAAAUAUUGCAUGAUACUGCAACCCUG